CAACUGGCCACCGGCAUAAUUAAUUCCCUCCACCUUCUCUUUAGCACCUCCCACGUCUUCUCUUUUUAUAGCAGUUCUUUCUCUCGGAAAAUCUCAGGUUACUUGACUGGGAGUUCUCAGACCUCCAGUUUCAGCCCUGCCCUCAGCCUCCAGUCGGUGAGAGACACCCAGCCCCAGCAAAUGGAUUGGGCAGCCCGUCUUGACACACCACUGUGCUGAGUGCUCGAGGACGUGUUUCACCAGAUGGUUGGGGUUAGUGUGUGUCAUCACAUUGGAGUGGGGAUUAGGUUCAGGAAGGCUGCCUCGCUGGAGCUGUGUGGUCUUCUCCAAGCGGGAGCUGCAGGCAAGAGAACUACUUGCUUGGGGAAGAAGAGGAGGAAUUCGUUUUCUGCAGCCACAAGAAAAGCAGCUUUUUCAGGUGCUGACGGCCAGCCACCAUCAUCUGAGGAAGGUGAAUUUGGCAAAUGACAUGCAGGUUCUCCAAGACAGAAUAAUUGCAGAAAAUCUUCAAAGGAAGAAGUAAAGUAAAUAACGAGAAAGAAAAGAAUAACCCAGAACACUGAUUGGGUUCCAGGGAAUGUUACCAGCAUCUUGAUAGUCAAGAAUUUUCAGUUGCGUGUGUGACUGAUUAUUUAAACCAAGCGCUGCUUUUCGCUCCAUACAGUGAGUCUGACUGUAUUUUCUGGGUCACCAUUGUCAGCAGAGGUUAGUUUAAACCAUAGCGGAUGCAAGAAACCCUGCGGACUCUCUCUUCACACAACCUCACCGGCUUUGAGAGGACCCCAUCUGCAGAUGUCCUGAAUACCUCUGAGUAUAGCAGUUGAUUAUUCAACCAGGAUACCUAAUUCAAGAGCUGCAGGAACCAGAAGACAGACAUUUUGUCAGUUUUGCAACAUUGGACCAAGCACAAUGAAGUAUUCUUGCUGUGCUCUGGUUUUGGCUGUGCUGGGCACACAGCUACUGGGGAGCCUCGGUUCAACCAUCAGAUCCCCGAGGUUCAGAGGCCGGAUACAGCAGGAGCGGAAAAACAUCCGACCCAACAUCAUCCUCGUGCUCACUGAUGAUCAAGACGUGGAGUUGGGGUCCCUGCAAGUCAUGAACAAAACCAGAAAGAUUAUGGAGCGCGAGGGGGCCACCUUCACCAACGCCUUCGUGACGACGCCCAUGUGCUGCCCGUCCCGCUCGUCUAUGCUCACGGGCAAGUACGUGCACAACCACAACACCUACACCAACAAUGAGAACUGCUCCUCGCCCCCCUGGCAGGCAGUGCACGAGCCGCGGACUUUUGCUGUCUAUCUGAACAGCACUGGCUACAGAACAGCCUUUUUUGGAAAAUACCUCAAUGAAUAUAAUGGCAGCUACAUCCCUCCUGGGUGGCGAGAAUGGCUUGGAUUAAUCAAGAAUUCUCGUUUCUAUAAUUACACUGUUUGUCGCAAUGGCAUCAAAGAAAAGCAUGGAUUUGAUUAUGCGAAGGACUACUUCACAGACUUAAUCACUAACGAGAGCAUUAAUUACUUCAAAAUGUCUAAGAGAAUGUAUCCCCAUAGGCCCAUUAUGAUGGUCAUCAGCCACGCGGCGCCCCACGGCCCCGAGGACUCAGCCCCACAGUUUUCAAAACUGUACCCCAAUGCUUCCCAACACAUAACUCCUAGUUAUAACUAUGCACCAAAUAUGGACAAACACUGGAUAAUGCAGUACACGGGACCCAUGCUGCCCAUCCACAUGGAAUUCACAAACGUUCUACAUCGCAAACGGCUUCAGACUUUGAUGUCAGUGGAUGACUCUGUGGAAAGGCUGUAUAAUAUGCUUGUGGAAACGGGGGAGCUGGAGAACACUUACAUCAUCUACACUGCCGACCACGGUUACCAUAUCGGGCAGUUUGGACUGGUCAAGGGGAAAUCCAUGCCAUAUGACUUUGAUAUCCGUGUGCCUUUCUUUAUUCGUGGUCCAAGUGUAGAACCAGGAUCGAUAGUCCCACAGAUUGUUCUAAACAUUGACCUGGCCCCUACCAUCCUGGACAUUGCUGGGCUCGACGCACCUCCUGACAUAGAUGGCAAGUCUGUCCUCAAACUCCUGGACCAGGAAAAGCCAGGUAACAGGUUUCGAACAAACAAGAAGGCCAAAAUUUGGCGUGAUACAUUCCUCGUGGAAAGAGGGAAAUUGCUACGUAAGAAGGAAGAAUCCAACAAGAAUAUCCAACAGUCCAAUCACUUGCCCAAAUAUGAGAGGGUCAAAGAACUGUGCCAGCAGGCCAGGUACCAGACAGCCUGUGAACAACCUGGGCAGAAGUGGCGGUGUGUCGAGGACGCGUCUGGCAAGCUUCGGAUUCACAAGUGCAAGGGGUCUGGUGACCUGCUUGCCGUCCGGCACAGCACGAGGCCCCUCUUCUCUCGCAGCUUCCACGACAAUGACAAAGAGUGCAAUUGUGGAGAUGCCGGUUAUCGGGCCAGCAGAAGCCAGAGAAAGAGUCAGAGGCAGUACCUAAGGAACCAGGGGACCCCGAAGUACAAGCCCAGAUUUGUCCAUACCCGGCAGACACGCUCCUUGUCAGUCGAAUUUGAAGGCGAAAUAUAUGACAUAAACCUGGAAGAAGAAGAACUGCAAGUCCUGAGACCACGAAACAUUGCCAAGCGUCACGAUGAAGGUCGCCAAGGGCCCAGAGGCCGCCAGGCCACCAGCGGCGGUGAUGGGGACGCGAUGCUGGCUGACAGCGGCAAUGCCGUGGGCCUGCCCGCCACUGUCCGAGUGACGCACAAAUGCUUUAUUCUUCCAAAUGAUACAAUCCAUUGUGAGAGAGAACUUUAUCAAUCAGCCAGAGCCUGGAAGGACCACAAGGCGUACAUUGAUAAAGAGAUUGAGGUUUUGCAAGAUAAAAUUAAGAAUUUAAGAGAGGUGAGAGGACAUCUAAAGAGAAGGAAACCUGAGGAGUGUGGCUGCAAUAAACAGAGCUAUUACAACAAAGAGAAAGGCGUGAAAAAGCAAGAGAAAUUAAAGAGCCACCUUCACCCAUUCAAAGAAGCCGCUCAAGAAGUAGACAGCAAACUGCAGCUUUUCAAGGAGAACCGCAGGAGGAAGAAAGAGAGGAAGGAGAAGAAACGGCAGCGGAAGGGUGAGGAGUGCAGCCUUCCUGGCCUCACCUGCUUCACGCAUGACAACAACCACUGGCAGACGGCGCCGUUCUGGAACCUGGGCUCUUUCUGUGCUUGCACAAGUUCUAACAAUAACACCUACUGGUGUUUGCGGACAGUUAACGACACGCAUAAUUUUCUCUUCUGUGAGUUCGCCACUGGCUUUUUGGAGUAUUUUGAUAUGAAUACUGAUCCUUAUCAGCUCACAAAUACCGUGCACACAAUAGAGCGGGGCGUUUUGAAUCAGCUACACAUGCAGCUGAUGGAGCUCAGGAGCUGUCAAGGGUAUAAGCAGUGCAACCCAAGACCUAAGGGCCUAGAAGUUGAGGACAGUUAUGGGACGGAUGGGAAGGUUAGUCAGCCCAGUCUCACUGCAGACGUCAACUGGCAAGGCCUGGAGGAUCUAUACAGUGUGAAUGGAAGCAUCUACGAGGACAGACCGAACUAUAGACUUAGUCUGGUUGACUGGACUAAUUACUUGAAGGCUGCAGAUAGAGUAUUUGCACUGUUGAACAGUCACCAUGAGCAAAAUAAAGCAAAUAAGACUAAAAGUGCUCAACGUGAUGGGUUCCUGGCUAUGUCUGCUGAGCUCUCGGCACCAGCAGAGUCAGAUGAAGACCCGAGGCAUAGGGUUGGAGAAGCACCUCCUUUGACCUUGCCGGCUGACCUUCCCACCCUGCAUUCCAACCGACCAACAUUCAGCCCAGAGAGUAAACUUGAAUGGAAUAACGACAUGCCCGAAGUUAAUCGUUUGAAUUCUGAACACUGGAGAAAUCAUAAAACGGACAAGCGGUUGGAGCAUGAAGGGAUCAAUCUUCUUGAAACUGAUUUCGGCGGCGACGGCACGAGGACGGAGCUGGUGCAGCCCGGGCCCAGGCACCAGAAGGGACUUCCCCAGGAUGGUCCUCCAAGAGAAGAUGCUUCUGAAGUUCGGCUGCAUCUUACCGCGCAUCCUGAUGUUGACUCCAUUCAUCGGGAUCAAAGCGUCCACCAGUAGGAGCAGCCUAUUUCCUCCUGCAGCCAAGACGGGAUGUCAGACCAGGUGGAGAAGAGUCACAGGAGGCGGGACUUACAGAGCCCGGAAGGCGGUGCCUCCUUUCCAGUCUCCUCUGAUUAGAUGCCAUGUUACCUUACCCUAAACACAGUAUUUUUUUUUUUUAACUCUUUCUUAGUAAACUAAUAAAGGCAAUCAUGACAACCGACAUUCCAAACUCCCCCGGGUCCUCCCCCGGGUACGCCCGUGCAGCGGAAGUCAAGUGCGCAUGCGAGCGGUAGCGCCCAGGGACUCUGUCCUAAGUCGCUAUUCGUCCAGAGUAGAAAGACAGGUGGAUUUGUGGGGUUUUGAUUGUUUGGGGGGUACUAAAACAGUAUUAUCUUUUGAAAGUUGUAGGGACA